UUUAUUUGUCAAGUGUAGUGGGGGUAGAUUGUGUUUACUAUGUUGUUCCUGUUGACAGCCUAUUCCCUUUUAAAUUACGUUCCUCAAGCGAUUUGCAGCGAAGAAGUACUAUGACUGUGUAUUAAAAUUUGUGGGAAUGAGUGUCUGUGCAGAUAAUUUAUAAAAAAAUACUAAAAUGACCGACAAUCACACACCAAGUUUAAGUCAGUAUUUCGGAACGUUAGAACAGAAAACGGUACCUGUUACCGAGGAGAUUUCCGACACAAUAAAUCAAAUACAUAGUCUACAUUUAGAGGAGAACGAACCUGAAGUCUGCCGAUUAUUUGCGGAAACACCGGCACAGCCGAAGGAUCCAACAGCAGUGUUUUUUGAUUUGAUCAGCAACACGGGAGGUAUAAGUAUUGGUGAUGACAAUUUUAAUCCUAGGAUGGGUUUGGGAACGGAAGCUGAUCGAAGACGGGACGCAUGGAUCCCAAGUGAACAAACACGUCAGUGCCUAAUCGCAUGUGCCACCUCUCCAUCUGGUACUUACACCCCCGAAAAGGAGCUCCUAACUAUGCCAGGGGUUCUUUUAGAAGAAGAUUUGACUGACACAGUCAGCGAAGCAGUCACAAUCUACUUGGGCGAAGCCGAAGCUUUACAACGAAGAAUUUUAACAGCUGCAGAUGUUACCCAAGACGAAAGAGGAUUAAGAGAACUGGUCCAGGCAGGAGCGUACAGGGCCGGUAUUAAUUUAACGGCAAGAUUGUUAACAAUUUAUGGACAAGGCAAGGGGCGUGCAGGCCACGCGACAAAACAUUCGCCCCACUCUUUACAGCUUUGGUUUACACGAAUCGCCCUUUUAGUUAAAAUUAAAAAUUAUACUCUUGCUCAAGCAGAAGCAGAACCGUUUGGUCAAUUAGAUAAACCCGAUCUAUUUUAUCAGUUUUAUCCUGAGAUGUAUGGCGGUCGGCCCGGCUCUAUUGCAUCGUUUUCAUUCAGAUUACUUCUGGCAGAAUUACCCAUGCAUUGCGGCAAACCAAAGGAAUCGCUAACUAAAUUAUUUCAUAUUUUGUCUAUAGUCAGACAGAUGCUUGGUAAUUUGAAAAACGAGCUGUGUGAAGACGGUAGCCCGACAGAAAUUAAUUCAGCCGAUCGCUCGGACUCAGUUCGUCUGUGGUAUGGACGAGAAGGACGAAUAAUGCAUUCAAUAAUUAACUGCGCCUUAGCGUUAAAGGACUACGAGUUAGCGAUGGAUUUAUUGGGACAACUACUGGAACGAGAGAGCGCUCCACGACACUCAUUACUGUCGGCGUUGGGCCGGUUGCAUUUGCAGCUAGGCGACGUGGCUGGUGCGGAAGUUUGUUUUAACGAGGCGCGCGAAAUUUCUGGUGGACACGAAGGCCUCCGCGAACUAGUGGACCGCGGUUUAAUAGCAAUUGCUCAAAAUAAUUUUGGUGAUGCCUAUUCAUGUUUCCAACAAGCGAGUGCUUUAGAGCCGUCAAAUGUGAUGAUACUAAACAAUAUGGCCGUUUGUCUUUUAUGGGGUCAUUUAAAGGAUGCAAUAUCCGUUCUAGAGUCUGCAAUUUCUGCUAGUCCAGUUCAGGCAUUGCAGGAGUCUCUGUUACUGAAUUUAUGUACCUUAUAUGAUAUGGAAUCGUCGAAGGGAAGGUUAAAAAAAUUUGCUCUCUUGAAACAAAUCUCUAAAUAUCAAGCUGACGCGCCCGCUCAAAUUCUAGAGAAAUUGUAUGGAUAGGAGUGUUCUAAUUGUGUUACAUUCUGCACUUUGUUAGAAGUUGUGUGUUGCAUUGGCCAAGUUUCUAAAGUAUCUUCACUAAUGUUUCAACGAAUUGGAGUGUGAAGUGUUUCUGUGGUUACAAUGGCAUAAAAUGUGAUAUUUAACAGCACAAUAAAUAAAUCGAGAUGUUAUGUUUCUUUAUGGCGUUA